AUGCGACCGCGUAAAGCUCGACUCGACUUUAACCAGCAGCUCCUCUCUGUCGUCAACCUUUCCAAGACCGAUGCCGCCGUCACCACCACUACUGGCGCCACCAACGCCAUAACCAUCCUAGUCAAAGCCGGCUUUAACUUCAACGGCGCAGAUCUGCAAGGUAUCAAGGUCCCUGGCGCCGACCUUUCUGAAGGUCAGUUCGAUUCUACUCUGUUUCGAGGAGCCGACUUGGUGGGCGUGAACCUUACACGGAGUUGGUUGCGGCAGGCUGACUUGAGAAAUGCGAAGAUGGAGGAUGUGCGCUUCGGAGAGUUGCCAAAUCUUGAAACGGGUCGGUGGGUGGAGGCCUGUGUGUAUUCUCCUGAUGGCAAGAUAUUUGGUGUAGCUCAGCGUGGUGGCGGGCUCAUUAUGUACGACACAUCAACCUGGAACAUGCUAUGCCAAGUCGAGAACGUUCGGGAUGCCUUCUGUGUAGUGUUUUCGCACAACAGCAGAGAUAUCGUAUACGGCUGCAACGACCACACGCUUGGUGUCUGGGAUUGCAUCAACGGGGAGAAGGUAUUUCAUGUGAAAGGUCACACCGAGGAGGUUACGUCUGUUGCUUGCUCACCUUGCGGCACACAGAUUGCGUCCGCCAGCAACGACUACACAGUGCGGAUAUGGAACUCUCAGACGGGAGAGAGCGUCUUUGUCUUGAAGGGCCAUACUCACAAGGCCCGAAGCGUCAAGUAUUCCCCGGACGGUCGACAUCUUGUAUCAGGCAGUUGGGAUGGCACGAUUCGGUUUUGGGAUCCAGAGACAGGGGAGCCAGGGGUUGUUGUGACUCCUCCUUUGGGAGGGGUAUACAGCCUUGCCUAUUCUCCGGAUGGCCACAACUUCGUGUGCGAUAUUGCCUUCUCUCCGGAUGGUCGCCAGAUUGCGUCUGGAAGAAACGGCGGCAAGGUGCGCUUGUGGGAUGUCGAGACUUGUUUGUCGAUUGUCGAGGGACUUGUGUUGAAGGGACAUAAACAAGCAGUAGUCAAGAUAGCCUUGUCCCCUUGUGGCCGCUGGAUCGCGUCGUUCAGCAGGGAUGAGACGAUUCGACUCUGGGACCUCCACGACACGGACCAGCAAUACAUUCUUGCCGAUCUCGACGAAGGGAACUAUUCUGGCAUUGGCGACAUGAUGUUCUCGCCCUCUGGACACCAGCUUGUAGUUGUUUGUGCGACCGGUCAUGUAGUCCUGUUCGUUGCAGAUACCCAGGAACUCGUCCAAUGCAGAAAGUUGGUCUGGAAGGAGGCCUUUCAGAAAGUAGCCUAUUCUCCAAACUGUCAGCAGCUCGCUCUAGGGACCAGCAGGACGAUCAAACUUUGGGACUUUGUUUCGGAGGAACCGAGUGCGAUGUUGGAUGGACAUAACGGUAUGAUCGUAUCCAUGGCCUAUACACCUUGUGGCCAAUGGAUCGCGUCCAGCAGUGUCGACAACACGGUUCGAGUCUGGAAGCGUCAGCCUGAAGAUGUAGAGGCAGAAGUGGCAAUGGAGAGUUGGUUGUGUGUUGCGUCAAUCCUCGAGUUCUUCAAUACCGUGCAGGACAUUGCUUGGAAUCCAAUUGUACCAAUGGAGUUUGUCACUGGUUGUCAGGACGGAUCCGUUCGUGUCUGGCGAGUGUUGAGCUAUGGUGAAGGUGAAGGUGAAGGUGAGGACGAGAAAGGUGUUGUGGUCAAGAUGCAGUGGGGCACAAACCUUGGGCUUUUGUGUGCCAGCGGAUUGAUUAUGAAGGACGUGGGUGGCCUUAGUGCGGAGAACAAGAAGCUAUUGGUGCAGCGUGGUGCCAUUGACGACUAUGUAACUUUGGGCGAAGGUGGACGAUUGGAUGUCGAAGAGUAG